CUUGGGAUCUCUGUUGCAAGUUUUCCCCAUUCUUUUUAGCUGGGGAGAGGAGGACAGAUCUAACGUAUUUGCUGGUUUUUCUCCUCUCGAUUUUGCCCAAGUCAGGCGAAUACUUUUUUGGAGUUCGCGGACGCAAGGAAACAUCGCAGAUGUGCAUUGUGUUUUAAAGGUGUUCUUUUUUCUUUUUCUUUUUUGGCGAUCGAGUGAGUCGGGAGAGAGAGGAAAGGAAAGGAUAUUUUUCUCCCUGUAGGACGGGACGGCUUGUCUUUUUGACACGUCUUUCAGGAGGACCAUGGCGAUGAUAGGGCAGACGAGAUUUUACGGGCUGUGGUGGACUUUCUUUAUUGUUGUUGUUACCGGCGUCUGUUUGGGAUGGACCGUCGCUGACCAGGGUGAAAAGGAUUUUGAGUUUGCUGAUGAAGUGGUGAAAAGGACGAUACGAGAAGUGACAUUAACGGAUGAUGAGGAUUUUCUGAAUGAUGAACAGGGGUCAGGGGCAGAAGAGGGGAGUGCCACCACGGAGCCACCCAUUAUUCCACCCACUAAAAUUGUUCCUGUUCCAAAUUAUCCAGUAUAUUACCGUGUGACAUUAAACUUCACAUCUCUAAGCUUCUCCCCGGAGCUGGGUAACCGGUACAGUCAUCGGUUUCAGAGUUUGUCACGACAGCUGGCCGACGUCAUCGAGGCACUGUUUCAGCAUGUUCCAGGACAACAACUCGUCACAAUUCUUCAUUUUAAACCUGGAUCUCUCAUCGUGUCAUUUGAUAUCGGAUCUCAGGGUUUUGUGGAUGAAGAGACGUUACGUAAAGUCUUUGAAGAGGCUCUCAAAACCGGAUUGAUCGGAAACUACCCAGUGUCCCCUGUUGGAUAUUCAUUCAAACCUUUCACAGAGCAAGUAGCCUGCCCCACCUAUGUUGGCCGAGCCCCUGACUAUCUCCCUCGGAAAGGCACCAACUGGGCCCACCUCCUCAUCAACAACGCCUUCCCCUGCGACGGCAGCGUGUUGGCGUGGGAGUACUACCGCUUGAUCCGGUCCGGGGUGGCACUGGUCGGUGUGUGGCGCCAGACAUCCGACUCGGAAUUCACCCUGAUCCGCAAAUCCGUCCUGCCCCCCGGAGCUAUCGGGAAGAGAACCGUGAGGCUGGAGAACCCAAUUGACGUGCAGAGGGGCGAUUUUAUCGGAAUUUUCUACCCCCGGGAGACGGCCAACAACGUGAUAGCCAGUGCGACGGUAGCCGAUGACUAUGUCCCCGCGGGAGAGCUGUUUCAGGAUUAUUUUGUGGAGAUGUUUGACGAUCUCGUUCAGGAGGGUAUUCCAUUCAACAUCAACCAGGUUCCAUUCUCCACAACCAACGCAACGUUUGCUUUACGGGCUCAUAUGAAUUACUCCAGUGUGACGUUCCCACCAGUCAUCAUACCUGUUGUUACCUGUGAACCGACGCAGUUCCGCUGUAGUGAUGGAGCAUGUGUUAAAGGGACGUACAGAUGUGACGGACAGAUAGACUGUGCAGAUGGGUCGGACGAAAUUGAAUGCGUGUCGCGGUGUGCUGACGACCAGUUCCGGUGUCGGUCCGGAGACUGUAUCCCUGUGUAUGAGAAGUGUAACAAAAUUACAGAAUGUCCGGAUGGCAGCGAUGAAGAGGACUGUCCACUCGAGCCUCAUUUUACCUGUGAGGAUGGUGAAUUCCGCUGUAUUGACGGAAGCUGCAUCAGUCCCCUGCUGCGGUGUGACUCUCGCGCCGACUGCCCUGAUGGCGAUGAUGAAACUGGCUGUCCCUCAAGAAACUGUUCGGUUGGAGAGUUCCGGUGCGGCGAUGGUGUCUGUAUCUCGCGGGAACAGUUCUGUGAUGGAUUCCCCGAUUGUACCGACCUCUCAGAUGAAGAUCCGCUGCAGUGCAUUCCUGUGUUGCCAAGACUGUGCCCUGAGGGCCAGUUCCACUGUGAAAGUGGGGAGUGUGUUGAUCCUAGAUACCGCUGUAAUGGGAUUCCAAACUGCCAGGAUAGUUCUGAUGAAAGAGGAUGCAAUCGUACGUUGUGUGCGCCGGGUGACUUCGAGUGUGCCGAUCAGUCGUGUAUUGAUGGUCGCCUCCGCUGUGAUUUGAUCCCAGAUUGCCCAGACAGCUCUGACGAGGCCGGUUGUCCGUCAACUCGACCAGCUAUUGUGAUCAGAGGACCAACAAAGGUCCGCAUUGGUGAACAAAUUCAUCUGGUAUGCAAUGCCAGCACUGCGCAAGGACCGGUCGAUAAACUAGACUGGUACCACAAUAACAGAAAACUGCGAGACGGCCAGUCUAGAAAUAUUGUAAUGCGCAAUUAUCGGCGAGAAAAAUAUUAUAUCAGUGAACUUUAUGUACGCCAAACCAGCGAGCAGGACAGAGGUGCUUACCUGUGUCGCAGCCGACGCAACCAGAAGCGCCACCUAGUGGAAGUUGUAGCAAGAGCGUCCCGUGAGUGUACACAGACUGAGUUCCGCUGUGACAACGGUCAGUGUAUUGAUGGACGGGCCAGAUGUAACGAGAUGGCUGAGUGUUUAGACGGAUCUGACGAAAACAAUUGCCCAUGCCGUGAUGACCAGUUUGAGUGUGCUCAGGAAGGGAACUGCAUCUCUGCAGAAAAACGCUGUGAUCGCCGAUACGACUGUGCUGAUGGAAGUGAUGAAGAUGAUUGCCCCUGUAGAGAUGAUCAGUUCCGGUGCGGUGACGGCCAGUGCAUCUCGGCUCAGAGGAAGUGUGACCGACGUAAUGACUGCUUCGAUGGGAGCGAUGAAACCGAUUGUGUCGGAGUGUGUGGCAGGAAUCAGUUUAAGUGCAAUGAUGGAACUUGCAUCGACCAGCGACAAAAAUGCGACCGAUACUCAAACUGCCCUGAUGGCUCGGACGAGUUUCACUGUGACUGCAGACAUGAUGAAUUCCGGUGUGAGACCAAUGGACAGUGUGUCCCAUCAAGCUAUCACUGUAAUGGCCGCUCAGAGUGUGAUGAUGGAAGUGAUGAACGAGACUGCCAGCCGGUGAUUUGCCGUGACGACCAGUACACCUGUGAUAGUGGGGAGUGUAUUGCCAGUUCCGAUAGAUGUAACCGACGAUACGACUGCAGGGACGGAAGUGAUGAGCGCAAUUGUCCUGCACCAACCCGCCCACCUGUAGGAACCUGCGGACCUGAUCAGUUCACCUGCGCUAACGGAGAGUGUAUCAGUGCCGCCGACUGGUGUAACCGCCGCUACGACUGCAGAGACGGAAGUGACGAGACCGACUGUCGGGUGACAACUCCUGCAUCUACCGAAUGUCGAGAAGAUCAGUUCAAGUGCAAUAAUGAUGAAUGCAUCGCAGCAGAGGAUCGCUGUAACCGUAAAUACGAUUGUCGUGAUGGCUCAGAUGAAAGAGACUGUCCUGCUCCUACUAGGGCCACUCCUGGCCUGUGCACGGAGGACCAGUUUAGGUGUACAAACGGGGAGUGCAUUGCUGCAGUUGACAGGUGCAAUCGUCGCUAUGACUGCCGUGACGGCACUGACGAGUUUGAUUGUCCUGCUCCUACUAGGGCUACGCCUAGGCCCUGCUUUGAGAACCAGUUUAGGUGUAAUAACGGGGAGUGCAUUGACGAGGCUGACAGGUGCAACCGUCGCUAUGACUGCCGCGACGGCAGUGAUGAGCUUGACUGCACUGUUGUAACAACACCGGAACCUCGUUGUCUUGACAACCAAUUCACCUGCAGUAGUGGUCAGUGUAUCUCAGCAGAUUUAAGAUGUAAUCGACGGUACGACUGUCGUGACGGCAGUGAUGAACGAAACUGUCCUGUUGCCACACCCGCACCUGGUUGCCAAGACAACCAGUUCACCUGCAACAGUGGUCAGUGCAUCGCUUCUGAUUUACGAUGCAAUCGCCGUUACGACUGCGAUGACGGGAGUGAUGAGAGAGAUUGUCCUGUCCCAACUCCGGCACCUAGUUGCCUUGACGACCAGUUUACCUGCAACAGUGGUCAAUGCAUCGCUACAAAUUUGCGAUGCAAUCGCCGUUACGACUGUGAUGACGGAAGUGAUGAGAGAGAUUGUCUUGUGGUCACACCAUCACCUCGUUGUCGUAGCAACCAAUUUACCUGCCACAGUGGCCAGUGCAUUGAUGCACGUUUGCGAUGUAACCGACGGUAUGACUGUCGUGAUGGCACAGACGAGAGAACCUGCCCUGUGGUCACACCUGCACCAAGUUGCCGUAGCGACCAAUUCACCUGUCACAGUGGCGAGUGUAUCGAUGCUCGUUUGCGAUGUAAUCGACGGUAUGACUGUCGUGACGGCACAGACGAGAGAAACUGUCCCGUGGUCACACCUGCACCUCUUUGCCAUAGCAACCAAUUCAUCUGCCACAGCGGUGAGUGCAUUGAUGCACGUUUGCGAUGUAACCGACGGUAUGACUGUCGUGAUGGCACAGAUGAGAGAAACUGUCCCGCACCGACACCAGCACCCUCGUGCCAUGAUGAAGAGUUUACAUGCAACAGCGGUCAGUGCAUAUCGUCGGAGUUACGAUGCAACCGUCGUUAUGACUGCGAUGAUGGGAGUGAUGAGAGAGAUUGUCAAGCAGCUACUCUCCCACCACCCAUACGAACCUGCAGCGAGGACCAGUUUACCUGUGACAGCGGAACGUGCGUACCUGCCGAGGCCAGGUGUAAUCGGCAGUACGAGUGUGAUGAUGCCUCCGACGAGAGAGACUGUCCCGUUGGUUGCCGCGACGACCAGUUCACGUGCGCUAAUGGAGAGUGUAUUGCUGCUGCCGACCGGUGUAACCGUCGUUACGACUGCCGCGACGGAAGUGACGAAUCUGAUUGUCCCCGCCCGUGUCGCGGGUAUGAGUUCACCUGCGAAAACGGGGAGUGCAUACCUAAAGAACAUAGAUGCAAUCGGCGCUAUGAUUGCCGUGACGGAAGCGAUGAGCAGAAUUGUCGUGAACAGAGAUUUGAGCUGUCAAUAACUCCACAGCAGAUGAGGGUACGAGAAGGGAUGGAUGUCUUCUUUGAGUGUCUUGCCUCGGGGUCACCCCCUCCGUCGGUGCGCUGGAGCAGAUCAGGGGAGAGGGGUCUUCCAGCCACAGCCACUGUGGAAAAUGGUGUUAUCACCAUUAAAAAUGUCAAGUUGAGCGAUGCUGGGGACUAUGUGUGUUCUGCCGUUACCUCUGCUGGAACGAUCCAGGAAACUGGAAGACUUCAAGUAGAUUUCAUCGGCCCUCCCACUCGAGGACCUGACAGUGGCCCGUGUCGAGCGGAUGAAUCGACCUGCAAGGACGGUCAGUGUAUUCCACGAGACUACGUCUGUGAUGGAGAACAGGACUGUGCUGAUGGCUCAGAUGAAGGCAGCAGCUGCAGUGUCCCACUGCCUUGUGAACCGAAUGAGUUUAAGUGCAACAACGGCCGAUGUGCAAUGAAGAUCUGGCGAUGUGAUGGUGACAACGACUGCGGGGAUGGAUCCGAUGAACUUAACUGUCCAACUCGGGACCCUGGCGCACCGUGUCGUGCUGAUGAAUACAAGUGUCUGGGAGGGGACCAGUGUAUUCCAGCCAGUUACCAGUGCGACGGAGAAAUCGACUGUCAGGAUCGGUCAGACGAGAUCGGAUGUGCUCCACCAAGUAUUGUCAAACCACCAGUGCCCAAGAUAGAGGUUGAGGUUGGCGGUUCGUUCACGGUAAUCUGUGAAGCUGUUGGUGUUCCCACCCCACUGAUUGUGUGGAGACUGAACUGGGGCAACAUCCCGACCGGGUUGCGUGUUCGGACCACAUCCAUCAAUGGACUGGGGACCCUGACUAUCUCGAAUGCAGUGCCAGAGGACUCGGGAGCCUACACGUGUGAAGCAAUCAACAACCGAGCCAGUCUGUUUGCCAUGCCAGACGCCAUUGUUAUCGUCAGACGUCUGGCUGGAGUGUGUCGACCUCCUCGGUUCAACGUCGGUGCUAAGCGUGAAGACGACUGUGUCAGGUGUUUCUGCUUUGGACAAACCGAGACCUGCUACAGUACAAACCUUGAGAGAUCAAAGAUAACUCUGGGCAACCAGAUUCAUAUGAUCCGACGUGGAGACCUUUCACCUGUUGAGGAAGGAUUUAUCCAGUUUGUGCCAUCGUCACGGCAGUUUAUUGUCCGAGACUUCAGACGUCAGUUCCCUCAUGGCUCCUACUAUUGGUCACUUCCUACACAGUUUCUUGGUAAUAGGCUGACUAGCUAUGGAGGUGACUUGAGCUAUACAGUACAGUACGACAUUGAUGGUUUCCCCUCGCCCACACAGGACCCAGAUGUUGUCAUUACGGGAAAUGGCAUCACACUUUAUCACCGAGUAGCGGAGGAUUUGAAUCCAUCUUUGACUAAUGAUGUCAGGAUACGAUUGGUUGAGUCUGCCUGGGACCGGAGUGACGGGCCACGGCGUGGAGACACCCCGAUCUCAGAGUACGCGUCGCGGGAAGACCUGAUGAUGGUUCUCGAAAACACUACUUCCAUCCUGAUCAGAGCACGAUACGAUAACCAGCAGACCACUGUCAGAAUCAGCAACGUGUUGUUGUCGACUGCUGUUCAGCAGAGCACAGGACUCGGACGAGCGGAACUUGUAGAAGAUUGUACCUGUCCCACAGGAUACACCGGAUUGUCUUGUGAAAUAUGUGCUGCUGGGUUCUACCGAGUGCAGCGAGGUCGUUACCUAGGAGAGUGUCUGCCAUGCCAGUGUAAUGGACAUUCUAACGACUGCGAUCCUGUUUCUGGAACAUGCAGGAAUUGUCAGCACAACACUGGUGGCCCCCUGUGUAACGUAUGUGCCGAAGGUUAUGUGGGUGAUGCCCGGCGAGGAACCACCGGGGACUGCCAGCCAUGCCCCUGCCCUCUCACCAUUCCAUCCAAUCAGUUUACCCGCACCUGUGUUAUAGAGCAUGACAACUCCAUCAGGUGCACCAACUGUCCACCGGGCUACAUCGGCAAAAACUGCGACCGCUGUGAUGAAGGUUACCAUGGCAACCCCAAUGUGCCAGGCGAUAGCUGCAGAAAAGAUACAUAUCCCGAAGAUAUCUGCGAUCCAAGAGGCAGCUUAUCAACCCAGCCAAACCCUGUUACAGGACGCUGCAGCUGUCGUCCAAAUGUGGAUGGUCUGUUUUGUGGCUCGUGUCGAUCAGAGACGUUCUACCUAUCUCGAGACUACCCGUAUGGCUGUAUCGCCUGCUUCUGUAUGGGAGUCACCCAGAUGUGUCAGAGCACAUCAUGGAACAGAGCUCAGAUUGGCACAUCGUUCCUGUACGAGCCUGCCGGUUUCAGUCUGACAGACAUGAUGCAAAAGGAGAUGAUAGACCAUGGCUUCCAGGUGAACCGGAACACGCGGGAACUCACGUACCGUGGAUUUGGAACUCUUAGAGACAACAUCUACUACUGGCGCCUACCUGCACGCUUCCUUGGGGACAAGGUGUCAUCAUAUGGCGGCUUCUUGCGCUUCACUCUACGCUAUAGGCCAGGAUCAGAUGCUUCAUCUGUUAGCCUGGUGGAACCCGUGGUGGAGAUUUCUGGUAAUGACAUCACACUGGUACACAGAAUGGAUCAGCAGUUUCCAGCCAACACCCAGAAGUCUUUCCAGAUACCCAUGUAUGAGCAAAAUUGGUUCCGAUUGGAGGGUCAGCCUGUAACUCGUGAGUUCCUGUUGAUGACGCUCGCCGAUGUGGACUCCAUCUUGAUUCGAGCCACAUACACUGACACCACAGAUGAGGCUGCUAUAAGUGACGUAACACUGGACAUCGCUGAGGAUCGAUUUACAGGCCAGGACAGGGCGUAUGCAGCAGAACAGUGUGUCUGUCCACAAGGAUACAAGGGAUUGUCCUGUGAGGACUGUGAUACUGGAUUCACUCGAUCUGGCGGUGGACUCUAUCUGGGACUGUGUGUCGCUUGUGAAUGUAACGGCCAUUCCACAGAAUGUGACCCCGAAAAUGGUGUGUGCACGAAUUGCCAACACAAUACUGAGGGAAAACAUUGUGAGAGGUGUGUGGCUGGUUUCUAUGGUGAUGCCACCAGGGGGCGUGUUCAUGACUGUCAGAAGUGUCCUUGCCCCUUGACAGAGAGACCCAAUCAGUUCAGUACAACUUGUGUGUUGGACAAUGACAACCAGGUGACAUGCACAAACUGUCCAGUAGGUCACACGGGACGGAGGUGUGAGAUUUGUCUCCCUGGAUACCAAGGAAACCCUCUCCAGCCUGGAGACUAUUGCAAAGUUCCAGAUAUUGACUGCGGAUGUGAUGCCAGUGGAACGGUCCCUAACACCCAGUGUGACCCUGCCACUCAGCAGUGUCAGUGCAAGGCCUACGUCCAGGGACAGAAGUGUCGUCACUGUGUCGAGGGAUACUUCAACCUGGAUGAGAGGAACACCCAGGGAUGUCUGGCUUGCUUCUGUAUGGGGAUCACCAACCAGUGCUCCAGCUCCAGUUACUACAGAGACACGAUCAGGCCACUGUGGGCCAACGACGGCACCCACAAUUUCGGCCUGACCAACCGCCGACUGAGUCGAAUGAUCAAGGAUGGGUUUACGGUGGACGCGUCUCGCAACCAGAUCACCUUCACCCAGUUCCAGGAUGUGCAAAGAGAACGAGAAAGUCUCUUCUUCCAGCUGCCACCACGAUUCCGGGGAAACAAGGUUUCUUCCUAUGGUGGCAGUUUGAAGUUUACCCUGCAAUACACUGUUGCCUAUGACUCAGGAAAUACCUACAUGGAUGUCGAUGUGGAACUUAUUAGUGGAGAUAAGCGUCUUUACUUGAUAUUCAGUCCAUCAGCCAAACCUGUAGAAGCUCAGAAUUUUGAUGUCAAACUCACAGAGUCCUCAUUCCGGUCUCUGGAUGGUUCGACACCAACUCGGGAGACGUUCCUGACAUUCCUCGCCAAGAUCGACGCCAUACUGAUCCGUGCAACGCACCACACCAUCAUGGGCACGACCACACUCCGUGACCUCAGUAUGGACAUUGCCGUCCCACAGCCGACUGGACAACGGCCGGCCCCAGAGGUGGAGAGUUGUCAGUGUCCUGAGGGAUAUACCGGUCUGUCUUGUGAGGAAUGUGCGGCUGGAUAUGUCCGUGUUGAGGAGCCAGGUAUGCCACUAGGAACAUGUGUGCGCUGCAGUUGUAACGGACAUGCGACCUCGUGUGACCCACAAACCGGCAAGUGCCUCAACUGCGCCGACAACACUGAAGGAGACCGCUGUGAAAGAUGCAUUGCUGGUUACUACGGCAACCCAACAGCCGGAACGCCCAACGAUUGUCGAUUAUGUCCUUGUCCACUUACAAUACAGUCUAACCAGUUUUCAAAGACUUGCUUCCUAGAUCCUAACGACAACCGUGUUACCUGUGAUCGCUGUCAGAUGGGAUACACUGGACGCGACUGUGGAAGCUGUGCUCCAGGGUAUGUUGGAGAACCAAGAGAGCCUGGUGGUCAGUGUCGCAGAAGUGAAGUUGACCUUUACCCAAGAGUGGUUGCCUCCCCUGUUCGUAUAACUGAACCCCUUGGGUCUACUGCCACCUUCCAGUGUGACAUCUCGGGCCGUGGACCGUUCAACGUGGUUUGGAGUCGUCUAGAUGGGCGAUCGCUACCGAGCCAGGCGAUAGUCGGAGCGCGAUACACACUGACAAUACGCAGGCUGGAGUACAUUGAUGCAGGACGCUAUGUGUGUACUGCAACAAACAACAUUGGAACGUCGCGGGAAACCGUCGAGCUGUCUGUCAGUGGUCCCACCCAGCCUCUGCGUGUGAUGAUAGAAGCCCCAACGGUGGUUACUCCUCAAGUUGGUGGAUCUGUCCGCUUCAUCUGUGUCGCUGUGUCCUACAGCAGUGAGGCCACCUACAUUUUAUCGUGGACUAAGAAUGGUGGUGGUUUGCCCGAGAAGGCUAUAGAUCAGAAUGGAGUGCUGGUUAUUCCAAACAUCACACCUGAAGAUGCCGGAACCUACACCUGUACUGGGUCAGAUCUCUUCAGUGUGGACAGAGCUUCGGCUACCAUCAGACUUGAAGCUACCCCAACUGCUCAAAUUGAGCCACGGUAUCUACAGCUCACACUCGGCUCAUCCAUGGAGUUCCGGUGUGUUGCCAUGGGCAACCCGCCGCCCACUAUUGUCUGGACACGUGGAGAGAGUGGACCAUUGCCAGAUUACGCCACUGUGGAGAAUGGAGUCUUCCGAAUUGCGUCCGUGUCGAAGGCUGACGAGGCAGAGUAUUAUUGCAAGGCCACAAAUCCAUCUGGAACGUCUACAGUGCGGACUAUUCUCUACGUACAAGGGGAAGAGCCCGACAUUGUGAUCGUGGUACGACAGACGCGAGUGACGGCCAUUGUUGGACAGACUGUAACGCUGGAGUGUUACUCUGAACACGGAGGAGACGUCCUACUCGUGUGGAGCAGAGAGAGGCUAGGACUGCCUGCAGGCUCCACCCAAGACAACGGUGUGUUGACUCUGCCCAAUGUGCAGCCGUCCUACAGUGGAAACUACAUCUGUAAGGGUACCACUCCGGCCGGCAAAAUCGCAUCGGGCAGAACUGUCCUGACCAUCGAACCAGACAUACACAGACAACCCCCCACUGUGACGGUGGACCCACAUAUGCAGGUUGUUGCUCAAGGGUCAACAGGAUCAAUACGGUGUAUUGUCAGUGGCGAACCGAAACCCACAAUAACAUGGAGUCGAGGAAGAGGGGAACUCUCCAGUAAUCACCAGAUCACAAGUAACGGUGAGAUUCUGAGAAUAUCCCAGGCAACGAUGGCAGACCGCGGAGUGUAUGUUUGUCAUGCGGAAAACGUCGUGGGACGAGCAAUGGCAUCUGGCAUGAUAGAUGUGGAAAGACGAGAGCUGCCUGUUUUGGAGUUGUACCCGGAACUCUCUCAGACUAUCUCAAGAGGAGGAAGUGCACUUUUCCAGUGUCGAGUUACCGGAGGAAUUCCAUCUCCAGAAAUCGUCUGGUCAAGGGCAAACGGAGAGGCGUUUACGUCAACGACUGACAUCAUGGUCGAGAACGGUGUCAUCAUGUUCAAGAGUGUGACUGGUGAUGAGCAGGGAGCGUACAUCUGUACCGCCACCAAUGCAGUCGGCACCGUCACCGCUACCGCUGUACUCAAAAUUGAAGGUCCUCCGAAAGUCAGCAUAUCUCCUGGCCACCUUGUCACAUCAAUCGUCGGUGAACGAGUCACGCUUGAGUGCACGGGAGAAGGUGAACCGACCCCGAAUGUUCACUGGCGAAGUCAGACUCCGCGACGAAGUGACAUACUGCCCGAGGCGUAUGAACCGGAACAAGGCUCGGCCAGUCUGAUUUUCGACUCGGUUAGAAAAACGGACGAGGGUCGAUAUAUUUGUAUUGCAUCAAACGACCGAGGGCGGGAUGAAGCCUCGGUGGAUCUGACAGUGUUGGACAGUGGUGUGUCACCAGGGGAUGUAAUGGUGGACAUCCAGGGGCCUGACCGCUUGUCACUGGUGGAGGGUCAGUCUGUUGAACUCACCUGCACCGCAAGAGGACUGAAACGGCCGUCAAUCCGCUGGCGUCGCCCCGGUAACCAGCCGUUGCCGCCCGACCACCGAGUGAGCCAGGGUGUUCUGUAUAUCCCACGGAUCACAGAGGACUACCAGGGAGAAUACAUCUGUCUGGUCCAGGGUCAGACAGGACAGGCCUUCCAGGCGUCCAUUAUUCUCAUUGUGUCCGUCACUGCCCGCUUAACGAUCUCACCUGCCCAGGUGGCUGCUAGACCAGGAGAGACAGUUCGACUGACCUGCCAGCCUGCAGGCACUGGCCCCUACACCAUUGAGUGGCAGAAGGUAGAUGGCGCUCUGUCACCGACCGCUGUGGAGCAUCAGGGAAUUCUGGAGAUCCGCCAGGUGACCCCGGCAGAUGCAGGACAGUACAGGUGUAUAGCGACUAACAACGCCGGGUCAUCAGAGGGAUUCGCAGUCCUCGAAAUAUCAGUUCCCCCCACUGCGGAUGUGACCCCAAAGAAUGAGGUGAGACAGGUUGGUCAGACCAUAGAACUGAGGUGUGAGGUGACCGGCACCCCACCCCCAGAGAUACGCUGGACGAGAGAGUCCGGAGAGAUGCCGCAACAAAUCAAUAUACGAAAUGGAAUUCUCACUAUAUACAAUGUUGCUGAAGUCGAUGCAGGUCGCUACAUCUGCACGGCAACCAACGAGGCUGGGUCAACGCGAGACUACACAUUCCUCAGAGUGUCUGCUGCCCCUGGAAUUGGAACAGGCGUACAGAAAGGAAAACAGAUUGUUGAUGUUGGAGACCGAGUCGACUUUGAAUGUAUUGUGUCAGGCACACCGCGACCCACCGUCCACUGGUCAAAGCUUGAGGGUCAGCUGCCGGCUAGUGCUGUGAUUGGUGAGGGCAUCCUCAUCAUCCCGGAGGUACAUCCGGAAGACGCCGGCACGUAUCGUUGCACAGCGACAAACGAAGCCGGGUCGGUGCAGUCGCAGGUUGAACUGUUUGUCAGAGCUCGCCCGGUAGUCUCUGUCCCGCAGGAUAUCAACACAGCCGCUCUUGGAGGCCCGGCCACGCUGUCAUGUGACGCGACCGGCUAUCCACAACCUUCCAUCACGUGGAAGAAGAAAGACGGAGACCUGCCCGUUGAUCACAACAUCGUGCAUGGUGACUUGAUGAUUCCGCGAGUUCGGGAGGGCGAUGCCGGAACGUACGAAUGUCAGGCGUCCAACUCAUUUGGUUCAGUCGUGUAUCCAGUGGUGUUUGUUGUUGGAGCUCUUGUUCCAUACUUCCCACAAAACCCUAUUUCGUACAUCAGCUACCCUCCGAUGAAUGACGUGUACCUCAAUUUCGAUGUCCUGCUGUCAUUCCGCCCUGAGGCAACCGAUGGUUUGAUGCUGUACAACGGACAGAACAACCAGGGAAGCGGGGACUUCAUGUGUUUCGGUCUCCGCGGAGCCUACCCAGAGUUCCGGUUCGACGUCGGGUCGGGCCCAGCGAUUAUCCGAGGUCAGAGGCCGCUACAGCUCGGACAGUGGCAUACUGUCAGUCUGAAGAGAGAUCGCAAGAAUGGAACCUUGAUUGUGAAUGAUGAGCCAGCGUAUUCUGGAAUUGCGCCCGGGAAGUUUGUCGGCCUCGAUCUUGUUGAGAACAUGUAUCUGGGAGGUGUUCCAAACUACCAGGCAAUCCCUAGAGCAGCGGGAUUCAACCAGGGAUUCGUGGGCAGCGUCAGCCAGGUGAAACUGAAGGGUGUUCCUCUGAACCUGGGCGGAGAGGCUAUCGAGGUGUAUGGCAUCGAGCAGUACCAGGUGUGCCAGGACCGGCCGUGUGAGAACGGUGGGCGAUGUCAGCCGAGCAACAACCAGUUCGGGUUCCGCUGCCAGUGUCCGCAGGGGUUCGCCGGGCACCGGUGCAACAUCCGCGGAGAACGCUGCUACCAGGGGGCAUGCGGGACAGAGGGGCGGUGCUACGAUCUGCCCGGUCCAACUGGGUUCCACUGCUUCUGUCCAAUCAACAGCACCGGAAUCGGUUGUAGAAUACCCCAGAAGAUCAUCGACCCGGCAUUCAACAAGACAUCGUUCAUCUCAUACCCAACGAUUGCGGAUGGCUUGCUGAAGGUCAGCCUCAAACUGAUGUUCAAGCCGCACAGCCUGGACGACGGUAUCAUCCUCUACAACGCUCAGCAGCAGGACGGCCUCGGGGACUUCAUCGCCAUCCUCAUCAAAGACGGCUACCUUGAAUUCAGAUUCGAUACCGGAUCAGGUCCAGCAGUCUUACGAAGCCGUGAAUUGCUUCGCUAUAACGAGUGGACAAUGGUAAUGGCGGAAAGGAAGGGCCGAGAAGGAAUGCUUAUAGUGAAUAACGAGGACCCUGUCAAUGUGCGUCUGUCCCACAUUGAUGACCGCACGUACUACUACACGAGAAGGCAGCGAGGCGAUAUAUUUUCUCGACGAGGGUCGGUGGCAGGAAGAACUAUUGGUCUGAAUCUGAAGCGCCCUCUAUAUCUGGGUGGAAUUGAUCCAUUUGAGAUUGUCCCUGCAUCCAUUUUUGUCGGACACAUUCCAGGUUUUGUGGGCUGCAUUGCAUCAGAGCUGAUGAUUAAUGAUCAGGAUAUUGACUUGGUGAAAGACGCCAUUGAGAGUUACAACAUUCGAGAAUGUGGAGACCGAAAUAUCUGUGAUAGAAAGCCGUGUAAGAACGGUGCAAUUUGUGACAGUGUCGGACUGGAUGACUACAGAUGUCGCUGUACCGUGGAAUUCACAGGAAAGAACUGUGAGACGGAAAUCAACAUCUGUAUAACCUCUGACCCGUGUCAAAAUGGCGGCCGAUGUGGCGUGACGGAGGAGGGAUACAAGUGCGAUUGUCAGCUUGGCUUCCUGGGCAGGAACUGUGAUACAGCUGUUCAUGUUGGCACGGCCUACGAUUUUGUUGGCAAUGGCUAUGUGGAAUUUGCGAAGUCGAUGCUGCCGCAUAAGAAGCGUCAGACCGCGGAGGUGAUACGAUUCACGAUCCGCACGACGGAACCUGAGGGACUCAUCUUCUGGCAGGGCCAGAACCCCGACACUCAGCUCAGAGGGUCCGACUACGUUGCUAUAGGACUGGAGGAUGGGUUCCUAAUUUUUAAGUAUGAGUUGGGCAGUGGACCGGGCGUGAUCAGGUCAACACGACAGGUGGAUGAUGGCUUUCCACACACUGUCAUAGCUCAAAGACUUGGUCGGACUGGAAAUCUGACGGUCGAUUCGGAUCAGUCUGUGAUGGGAUCGUCUGCAGGACCGCUGCAAGUUCUCAAUGUGCUAGGAAAUAUAUUUGUUGGCGGAGUUCCAAACCUGAAAACGAUGACCGACGACGCGUUUACGAGUAACUUCCACGGUUGUGUUAUUGAUCUCUACCUGGCCGACAAAGGUCCACUUGACGCAACUCAUGACGCAGUCGGUGGUUACAACACCCGGCCGUGUUUAGACACACGAAAAUAACCGCUAGUUCAUUACUAAAUUAAUAUUUCUUUUAAUUUUAGAAACAAAACAUUACAAUAAAAAAAAACGCUCGUUAAAACGUCAUUAGUUGCUGCUGUGAAUGUCAUGAAAGGUUAUUGUUGCUCAUGCAUUUCUAGACAGGCAUUUAUGCACAAAUUUCAAUAUGGAUUAUGACGCAAGUCGUCAGAUAUCGAUUGAUAGCGAAAAGAUCGGGAAGAUUUUUACCUCAAGAUUUUAUAUACCGUAUAUGUCCAUGUAGAAAAUUUCUUUUGUCUUUUGAAACAUUUAUGCAACACAUCUUCAAAACCUGUUGUCUUUUAACUUUUAUUAUGGAUUUAUAGUUUUUGUGUUCUGUCCUUUUUUGUAUCUUUUUUUUUUAAUAUAUUUUUUUUAAUUAGUUUUUUUUUAAUGUAAUGUAAUGUGUAGGAUCUGCUUAUUAAAAAUCCAAUUUUAUCAAUUUAUUAAGGAUUCAUCAGUGCUUUUAUUUAUGUUUUAAAAACAAUUGUCUUAAUGAAAAACCAAACAAUUUAUAUGGUCUUAUUUUAUGUUGUAAAUAACCUUUUAUAUAGUAUUUUUACUGGCAUUAUUUGUUCUUAAUGUAGUUAUGUUUAUAAACAAAAUAGUUGAAAAUCAUAAUUUCGAUAUGUUUUUGUUUUGUUUUUUUCUUCUAUUUCUGUAACUUUAUAUAAAUAUAUAUUCAAGGUUCCAUUAAAAAGUUGAUAGAACAAAAAGAUAGGUAAACAAAAUUGUAAUAAACUGAAAAAUGUUGAAUCGAAAUGAAAUUUUACAAAUAGAUUUGAAAAAUUCAUUAAUGGUCGAUUAAAAAAACUAAAAUUAACCAUUUUAAUAAUUAACAUCCACUGAAUGGUUUUCAGAUCUAAACAAUUGUAAUUAAUUGUACAAAAUUAUAGCAUAAAUUGUAUUUCACACAUUCACCGUUUAGCAAAAUGCAGAAAUAAUUAAAGCAUAAUAACCUUGCAUAGCCAUGGUACCGCAAUAUAUAUUUACAUUUGUUAGCACUGGUCAAGUGUAGACCUACAUGUCAGUGCCACAUAAUUAUGCAAAUGCAGUGGUGGAACAGGGUGGAAGAGCAGCAUAGAUCCCUAGGGUCUUGUAAGGGCCCACUGUUUUAGUUUAUAUUCAUCAACAAGAUAUAGAAACUUAUUGGGCUCAUCAUAUUUCACUUCAAAAAUAAAUCAUAACUAUUCUUUUUUUUGAAGAGCCGAACUCCACCACUGUGUAAAUAUACUGAGAAAGAAAUGGGGGAACACUUGGAAUUGUAGAUCAAAUUUAAAAUUCAUUAUACGCGUCAUAAUGUUUGUACAAAAUACAAAAAUGUGAUGUGGAAUUGAAUGUCGGUAACACAUGAUUUCCCGACACUAUGGAUGAGGGCUUUUGUUGCAGUCAUUCUUUGCAGUUAGAAUUGGUUUAUCCCUUAUUUCUUUCUUUCUGUCAAUAUAUAUAUAGACAUGUUAUUCGUGUAGUUGUUUUUAGAUAUUCGAAAAAGCAUAGUACAUUUGUAUGCAAGACAAGUUUUCUGAUAUUUUUUACGAAAGUAUAUUUGUGGAAGAUUGGGCAGUCAGGAAAAUAGAAAGAGAGGUUAGGGAAGUCCUAACAAUGUAAAAAUUAUUGAUUUUGGCCGCAGAACCCAAACUCAUUUAGCCCAGAUCCUGGAUAUAUUCACUACCAAUCUGCCCAAGUAUAUUUUGUACUUGGUUAAAAGGCAUGACAAAUAGGAAAUUUGUCUUUUAGCGUAAAACUUGAUUGUCAUUGUUAUAAAGUGAACAUCUUAGAUAAUGAGCAGAGAAAAAAAAAAGCUGUAAAUAAAUUGUAUAGCUAUUUCGCUUUAGCCAACAGCAUAGCCAAAGAUAAUAUAAUGGUUGACCAAUGGACAUUUUUUAAUCGGAAGGCGAUCUAUUUUCAAUUUUAGGGUGAUCAACUAUUACAUGGUACUCUGUUUAAAAAUAACUUCUCUUAAAAAAAAAUUUAAAAUUGUUUGUGUUUAAUUUUAAUUGGCCUGUAUUCCAAAGUUUGAAAGUUAAAUAGGGUUUCUUGUAUUUAAAUUAGAACAAGAAAUAUUCAGUAGUUUUACAGAAUUUCAAACGACUUCUAUUUCUAUUUUAUUUUUAAAUGUAAAAUAUUUUAUAAACAAGAAACAAUUUGUUUUGGGAGUAUCAUUUUUAAUUUUUAUUAUUAUUAUUUUUAUUUUUUGGGUCAUUGCAGUUGUCCAUGUUCUUAUUAUGGCAGCCACAUAAUUUCAAAAAAGUUAAUUAUUUCAGUCUGAAUAAUAUACAUUAAGUGUAUUGUACUCUGAAAAAAAUCAAAUCAAAUUAAUAUGAAAUUAAUAAUGAUCACUUCAAUUUCCAUUUUUAUCGUUUUAUUAUAAAAUAAUUUAAAAUAAAUAAAACUGUGUACAUGUUGAUCAUCCUAAAUUGUUAACCGAUGUCCCUUGAAUGGUCAGUUUAAGCGUAAACGCAACUGACCGGUUCAUUUGAGAACACUAGUAGAGGUGGCCGACCGACUUGUAGAUUAUUAGCACCUGUUCAUCUGGAGACAUGCUUAGACGGUGGCCACAGACUUGUAGUUUAGUACUAUGUGAUUGUUGACUAAAACCAAAUGGAACCUCAGACCAUUUAAAUAAUACUCUAAUAACCAAUGGUGCUAUGAUAGGGGCAAUAUAGGAUUGUAGGAUAUUUCCUAACAUUUGCUCUCUUCAUGUCUGUUCUUUUUGUAUAUUUAUUGCAUAAUGUGAAUUUUUUGUGUAAUUUUUUUUUUCUCCCAACCCCGAGUCUUUUAUUCAUAGUGAUGUGAUUCAGUCAAACUAAGACUACAGAUCUGCAGAAGAAGAACCAUAACCAUGGCAACAAUAGUAUUUGCCUGUUCAGUGUAUAAUUAUGGAAAAUUCAUGUAUUUAAAAAAACCAAAGGAUUAAUAAGAUUGGCAAAAAUAUAUCAUGCUUUUUAAUACUGAUUAAUAUUUCAACCAAAUUAACAAUUGAAAAAAAGCUUAAACAUUUUUUAUUCUGAAUAACAAAAACUGUUCCAUUUUAACAUUUGUCUAUGUUUUAAUUUUAAAAAAAACAUAAUUUUAAAAUUUAUCGUGAACAAAUCAAUUUUAGACUUCAGCUUUGGGAUGUGUUAAACUUUAACAUUUAAGGUUUAGGUAUUCUAAAUUGAAUUUUUUUUUCCUCCUCCAUUUCAGAUGUGUUUGUUAGGAUUUUUGCAUGGGGUGAGGUCUAGGUUGUGUUUGUUAUCAAUAAUAAUUUUUAAAAAGUAUAACAAUUUAACAAAAACCUAAAAUAUGCCUUCAUCAGAGUUGGGGUUCGGGAAUUCAUUCCUUGAAUCCAACUCAGUCUUCUCCGAUUACCAUUUUGGACUUAGGCUGUGAUGGGCACGACAGGCUACUGAAUACACAUGGUUACCGGUUCUGAUUGGGUAGAUGGGUCGAAGUUUGACGAGAGUCUGCGAGAAACCACAUAGAGCUUGAGUAUAGCUGGAGUUGUAUGUUUUUAACUGUAAAGAUGAAGCCGCUAGGUAUCGGCAGUGUUGAAUAUUCAAUACUUUUUGUACCCACUCGGAACAGUACGGCACUGUUGUCGAUGUCGUCGUUCGUGUGCGGGCGAGGUACGAUGAAGCACACAGAAAACAACAUUAACUGUGAUCUGAUUUCAAUAAAAAAAUUUAUAACAAA